AUGGCAUUUCUCUACCCCAUCACUCUCCAUUUUAUCUGUCUAAGAGUUCCAUCCAAACCUCGACUUAGGCUACCAGCUAUGCGACUGACUGUAACUCUCUCGUCAGAGGGCCUUCAUCCUUCCAGGGUUGACCUGGAUUACCAAAGCCUUGUAUUUUUCAUCUCUCUCUCUCUCUCUCUCUCUGCAUCUUUCUCAUACUAUAUCUCUAUCCUUCCUCUGCUCACCACCGACCGGCACUGGUUCGACUUGUUUAUCCUGUCUCGAGUCUCAAGUCUCGACCGGACGACCCAUUCAGCUGUGCUUACUCUCUUUCUGGCCAUAGAGGUGAAUGUUUGUGUGCUCUAA